GCCGGUUUCCGCUUCCUGGACCUGCCAACAGAAAUACGUGUCAUGAUAUACGAGGAAGUCGUUGUAGUGGGCAAGGUCUUCUACAGUCCGGACCGCCAUGACAUCCUCAACGGCAAACGCUGCAGGGGUUUCAAGAUGUUUCGCAAACCAGAACUGCAUCUGUUCCGGGUGUGCAAGCAAGUCCACCGCGAAGCAGAACCAAUCUACCUUUCGAAGAACCUUUUCGUGUUGCCCAUCCUUUGGCAUUUCUCG